AUGGGAUUAUUACCUGUUGCCAUUUCUCUGCAGUGCUUCAAGAUGCUACUUGUUACAGGGCUUAAGAAGCAACUGUCCCCGAGGAGCGGCAGCGGCCAGGCAGCCCAGCUUCGCGAAGGCUCUUGGCGCGCCGCGGCCCUCAGGCACCCGGCACGCGCCCGCCCCGCCGCCACGACGCCCAAGAGGAAGGUAAGCUCCGCCGAGGGGGCGGCGAAGGAGGAGCCCAAGAGGAGAUCGACGAGGUUGUCAGCUAAACCAGCUCCUGCAAAAGUGGAAACGAAGCCAAAAAAGGCGGCAGGAAAGGAUAAAUCUUCCGACAAAAAAGUGCAAACAAAAGGGAAAAGGGGAGCAAAGGGAAAACAGGCUGAAGUGGCUAACCAAGAGACUAAAGAAGACUUACCUGCAGAAAAUGGGGAAACUAAAAAUGAGGAGAGCCCAGCUUCUGAUGAAGCAGGAGAGAAAGAAGCCAAGUCUGAUUAAUAUCACACACCUGGUCCUUUCAGUAGUCCCUGUUUCCCUUCUCGUACAAUCCAGAGGAAUACUUUUAUCAACUCUUUUGUAAAUGCAAGUUUUUUAGUAGCUCUAGAAACAUUUUUAAAAAGGAAGGAAUCCCACCUCAUCCCAUUUUUUAAGUGUAAAUGCUUUUUUUAAGAAGUAAAAUCAUUUGCUGGUUGUUUAUUUUUUGGUACAACCAGAAAAUA